AUGAGUCUGGGCAUCAUGGAGGAGGAAGACCUGGCCGAGUACUUUCGGCUACAGUAUGGGGAGCGGCUGCUACAACUGUUGCAGAAGUUCCCGAACAUUGAGAACCAGUCGGAGUCUCCAUCCAUCCGGCUCCUGGAGAAGAAGAAGGAAGCCAAGAUCAUGCACCGGGCUAUGGAGCAGAAGAAGGAGAUAUUUCAGCGCCGUAUGGAAACCCUGAACCUGCGCUGGGAGGAACUGGGUGUCAAGGAGGCCCAGCUGAAGGCCCACAUCCAGAAGUUCGAGCAGUUCAUCCAGGAGAACGACCAGAAACGGAUCCGGGCCCUGAAGAAGGCCAACAAGGAGCGGGAACUGAAGAGGCAGCGCCUGCGAGAGCUGGCCACGGCCAAGCAGGAGAUGGCGGCCUUGCGGCUGGAGCACCAGAGGCUGAGCGGGAGGCUCCAGGACUACUCCGUCUUCAACAAGUACCUGGAGAAGGUGGUGGAGAGCUCGGAGUUCGAAGAGAUCCACGAGGUGAUUUCGCGCUACAAGACGCUGGUGAGCAUGCACCAGGACCUGAUGCAGUCGGCGCAGGAGGGCCAGGAGAAGAUCGAACGCGCCAAGGCGCGGCUGGCGCGCUACAUGGAGGAGAAGGACGACGAGAUCCUGCAGCACAACAACGAGCUGGCACGACUGCAGAUGCGCUUUGACCGAGCCCGCAGCGAUGUCAUCAUCUGGGAAUCUCGCUGGGCUCACAUCCAGAACACCGCCGCCAAGAAGACCCUCUUGCUUGGCACCAUUAAGAUGGCGACGCUGAAUCUCUUCCAGAUCGUGAGCAAGCAGCUGAAGGAGACCACCACCGUGUCCCUGGAGGACACGCACAAACAGCUGGACAUGAUCCAGCAGUUCAUUCAGGAUCUGUCGGACAUCUGGGCAGAGGUGAGGAAGAAGGAACAGCAGCAAGUACGGGUUUAAGAAGCAGCCGCGGUUCCAGAACGUUCUGAGGCGGAGACUGAGAGAGGAUAGGUUUCCGGUGAGCUCGCGGUCCCGUCAGCCCAGCUCAGCCAUCUGGGACCCCUGUGCCUUUGUGCUGGCGAACACCCUGCCAUUUCCCCACCUCAGGCCUCAGUCCCUCCCCUCCCUGAAAACAUUAAAUUCUGUAAGGUGUUUCU